UUUAUUGGCAAUAAUGGCAAUUUUGUCUUUAUGUUUUGAAUUGCAUUCUUUGAAAUUAAAUUGAAAUAAUUAUUAUAAAGGUAAAUUAAAGUUUCUGUAAAAAAUACUUUAACCUUGGAACAGUGGAAGUUCGUAGAAACUGAAAAUGGAUCAAACUCAAACCGGAGCCAGUAAAUUUAGAGCUCACCUUCGCACAUCAAUAAACGUUGACGAUAUAGCAAAUAUGACUAAAAUUCUUGAUCAAGAACUGCUCGAUUCUCAAAACACUUUAAACGAAAUUUCAAACAUAUUCUCUUCCAUCAACAAUUUAAAAAACAGAAAUUUAUCAGUUCACAACUUGGACAGAGAUGCCGUGUCUAAAUUUCUCGAAGCCGAGCCUUUAAAACUGGUUACACCAGAUUUUGGAGACAUUAAAUUUGAGGGUGAAGUUGAUGAAAUUUUGGCGACUAUGAAGAAACAUGCGGAUCAUUUAAAAAGCAAUUUACCUGUCAUUGAAUCCCAAACAAAUGUUGAAGGAGCAGUUCAUAAUUCGGAACCUAUUGAUGUUAGUCAGUACGCUGCUAGUCUGGAGCAACUGAAUAAGCGCCUCGCUCAUAUAAGACAGAACUUGAAGCAAGAGGCAACUACAAAGGAUUUGAAUAUGGAGGAAAAAUUGGAAACUUUGAACCAAAAUGUUAAGUUAUUUAAAGAGAUGACAGAAGGAAAUGCAUUGUUAAGCAAAUGUAGUGCAGAAAGUGGAUCUAACUUCCAGAAUGGACACAACUCAACAAGCCAAUAUGAGGAAAUAGUCAAUAAGUUACUGUCAGGGAUCAAUGAUGUUACAUAUUUAAGGCAAAAUGAGGGUUAAAGGAAGUAAGUUAAAAUGGUUAUUCUAAGAGCUUUGUAUUGUACCUUAUAUGGUUGGCUUAGCACAGGUGAGGUGCAACAACAUCAAAUCUGAGAGAGAUAUCCGUCUUUUUCUCGGGGAUGGAUAUUAUUUGUAUCAAAAUCUACCUUUGAUACUGUCUCAUCCAUCCUGUGCUAGACGGUUGGUCUAUUACUUUUAUAUGUAUUGCAUCAAUAUGAUAUUAUAAUAAAACAUAUUACAACA